GCGGUUCUUUUCCAUUUCGGUAAGUAAGUGAAGCCUUUUGCCUGGCAAAGAGUUGCCGGUAAGUUAAGGCGGACAACCUGUGUCGUGCCCCGCGCAUCUGCGGCAGCACAGACAGAGACCGGUGUCUCAGCAAGGCGGGUUGUCGUCAUACUGAAAGGUACGGGGCCACUACGCCUGGGUACGUUAGGUGUAGGCGCAUCAUUGCCGAAGCUGAGAUUAUUUUGUCGGUGCGUGAGUAAGGUAUUGAUAGCCUUUCCUGAUUGCUGCGUCGGGUUGUGGCUUUUGGACUGCUUUUGACCUGGAUCCACGACUUCUCACAACUCUCCUCGUUCUCAAAACCUUCCAUACACACUCCUAUUCCACCUCCAGUUCACCUUUGUCAUCUUUCAGCCUGCUUGCCGUGCGUUUGCCGGUCCAUGGCGUAGGAGAGGCUUCGACAUGAAGCUCGGCCUACGAGGCUACUACGAUUGAGGGAAAAUGCGAUUUGGCUGCUCAGAUGAGCACAGCGACGCUUCAGCCGUCGCAGCAACAGCCGUUGCCGCCGCGCGCGGCUUCGGCGCAAGGUCAUCGACAAGAUCUGCGGCCCAGUAGCCCUCAGAGCACAAGAAGCGCAUCCCACCCCCACCCCAGUCGCGAACAGGAGAAAGAUCAGGUCCUCAAAAAUGCUGCUGCGCAUUCAGAAAGAGAGGUCAUGCCUCCUGAACAAGUGUCGCAGGACCCAGCAAAGAAACAAUUGGGUCAACCGUCGCGGCACCUGUCCGUCAGAGACUUUGAAUUGAUGCGAACGUUGGGGACAGGCACAUUUGCACGAGUAUGGCUUUGUCGAUUUGCCAACCCUCUGCAGCAGGAUAGGGACAAGGUCUUUGCGUUGAAAGUGCUGAAGAAAGUCGACGUGAUCAAAUUGAAGCAAGUCGAACAUGUCCGAAAUGAGCGAGAUGUGCUCGCUGCUGUCGCUGGACACCCAUUUAUAACAACUCUCGUAACGACCUUUUCCGACGACACAUCUCUGUACAUGCUUUUGGACUAUACGCCGGGAGGAGAGAUCUUUUCCUAUCUUCGACGAGCCCGUCGAUUCCCCUUCGCUACAGUACAGUUUUACGCAGCUGAGAUCACCCUGAUACUGGCCUACCUCCAUGAAGUACAAUUUGUGGCAUACCGCGAUCUGAAACCAGAAAACAUUCUGUUAGACGUCGAUGGCCACCUGAAACUUGUGGACUUUGGUUUCGCCAAGUACCUCCCUCCCACUACAGAUCAGACCUCGCCCAAUAUACCCAACCAAACCUCAAGGCCGUCAACAGAGCAUCCAGAACCACAAGCAAGCGGGUCAGGCGUCACCUAUACUCUUUGUGGUACCCCAGAGUACCUUGCACCAGAGGUGAUACGCAACACAGGUCACGGCACGGCAGUUGACUGGUGGGCACUUGGAAUUCUGGUUUAUGAGAUGUUAAUUGGACAGCCGCCCUUCUGGGAUCAGAAUCCAAUGCGCAUAUACGAGCAGAUUGUCGCCGGCCACAUUCGAUUUCCCACAGCGCAUCCUUCCCAGCCGGGCCACCGUCACAGUCUCCAUGUCCCAAGACAGGCCCGUGAUUUCAUCCUUGCACUGUGCAAAACAGACCCUACUCAACGAUUGGGCCAGAUUGCCGGUGGCAGCAAGAGAGUCAUGGAGCACUACUUCUUUGAAGGAGUCGACUGGGACGAGAUAUACUAUCGAAAAAAGAGGGGUCCUAUCAUACCGCGCGUUGAGUGGGCUGGAGAUGCUGGCAAUUUUGACGAAUACCCCGAUCCUGUGGAUGGCGAAGAGAGUGAAGGUGGGAGGGGGAGGUAUACGGACGAGCUGCGUGACGAGUGGGAAGAUGCUUUCAGGGACUUUUGAGAGUGUACAUGACACUACCUUGGUACACGGAAUUAAGACGCCUGGGAGGGUACGGUCGGGGACGGCUACGGAGUUCACGAACCGUUGACAUUGCAUUUUUGUGGGAGAGACAGGAUACCCUCUGUUGGCUUGGUGCGCAACAUCGUGUUGAUUGCCGCAUUGUAACUUGGAGACGACUGAUAUUGGAUUGCGUUGGUUUGUGAUGCGUUACUUUGCAGUGUCGGAGCACGCCCUUGAGCAUAGAAGACGAGAAAGAAGCAACAUAAUGAAAGAACUUAAAUACAACAU